GUGUGUGUGUGUGUGUGUGUGUUGCAGCACAGUUAUGUCAUUGGCACUGAGCGCUCGACUUCAGCUCGGCAUGUUGUCUUUUUUCUGGAGAAACGGAGUGGAGACACCGGAACCGCUUAAAGCAGACGUGUCAGGCUCCAUCCCACAAUGGCUUCAGGGGACACUUUUGCGGAAUGGUCCUGGUCUGUUCUCAGUUGGUAACACUUCAUACAAGCACUGGUUUGAUGGAAUGGCACUCAUUCACAGUUUCACCUUUAAAGAUGGGGAUGUAUUUUACAGGAGUAAAUUCUUGCAGAGUGAAACAUACAAAAAGAACACUGCUGCCAAUAGGAUCGUUGUGUCUGAAUUCGGGACCAUGGUGUACCCAGAUCCCUGCAAGAAUAUAUUCUCCAAAGCCUUCAGUUACCUGGUGAACGCCAUUCCAGAUUUCACAGAUAAUAAUCUCAUCAACAUCAUAAGAUAUGGUGAAGAUUAUUACGCAUCAUCAGAAGUGAACUACAUUAACAAAAUUGACCCACUGACACUCGACACAUUAGGAAGAACGAACUACAGAAACCAUAUCGCCAUUAACUUGGCAACCGCACAUCCUCAUUAUGACGAUGAAGGGAACACGUACAACAUGGGGACUGCCAUUAUGAACUUUGGCCGACCGAAAUAUGUUAUUUUCAAGGUGCCUGCCAAUGCCUCAGAUAAAGAGAAGAAUAAGCCAGCCCUCACGAAGGUGGAACAAGUUUGCUCCAUUCCUUUCCGCUCCUCGUUGUACCCAAGCUACUUCCACAGCUUUGGCAUGACGGAGAACUACAUAAUCUUUGUGGAGCAGGCCUUCAAGCUGGAUAUCCUCAAACUGGCCACAGCUUACUUCAGAGAUGUCAACUGGGGCAGUUGCCUGAAAUUCGACAAAGAUGACAUUACAGUGAUCCAUCUGAUCAAUAGGAAGACUGGGAAACCUGUGAGCAUAAAGUACCACGCAGACCCAUUUGUGUUCUUCCAUCACAUCAAUGCUUACGAGGAAGAUGGCCAUGUCGUCUUUGACUUGAUUACAUAUCAGGACAGCAAUCUGUACAAUAUGUUCUACAUACACAACAUGAAGCAAGAUGUUGCAGAGUUUAUAGAGAACAACAAGGAUUUCUCUCGACCGACAUGCCAGCGGUUUGUCCUUCCUCUCAACAUAGACAAGGAAACUCCACCAGGCACCAACCUGGUCGUGCUGCGGGACACAAAGGCCACAGCAGUGCUGCAGGACGACGGCUCUCUCCACUGCACCCCUGACACUAUUUUUGAAGGUCUAGAAUUACCUGGUAUCAACUACAAAUUCAACAGUAAGAAGUACAGAUACUUUUAUGGCACCAGGGUGGAUUGGUCACCCUAUCCAAGCAAGAUCGCAAAAGUGGACAUAGUUACCAGGACACAUAUAGUGUGGACAGAGGAGGAAUGUUACCCAUCUGAGCCAGUGUUUGUGGCAUCUCCGGAUGCUGUCGAAGAAGAUGAUGGUAUUAUCCUGUCUUCGGUGGUUUCGUUCAAUCCCCAAAAGCCACCUUUCCUAGUGGUCCUGGACGCUAAAUCCUUUAAAGAGAUCGCUCGCGCUACCAUUGAUGCUGCUAUUCACAUGGACCUGCAUGGGAUUUUCAUCCAUGAUAAGUCUACCUAAAACGGACAUCAAAAUGAUGCACCAAACCAUUGUGAACAAUUCUUAUUUGUAAAUUUAUAUAUACACGAAAUAUAAGAAGAGAAAUGAGUAUAUUAAUUUUUUUUUCAUUAUUGUAAAUUGUUUUAUAUUUUUACAGACAUUCUGUAAAACAGGCUAUUGUAACACGAUUAUAUAAAAGUGAUCUCUCCUUAAUUGUUUGUGACAAUUGUGUCGAUUUUAAAUUGUAAAUCCAGUAAUUUAUUAUUAAUCUAGCCCUUUAAUGAACCUGGCCACAAAUGUAUUGUUACAGCGGCACUAAUAUGUUUCUCAUUUGUGAACCGCGUUUGGAGAAAAGCAUCUGCUAACUGAAUGAUAAUUUUUAUAGACAUUCUGUAAGGCAUGAAAUUUAAAUGAUUAUCUGUUCAUUGUGCUUAAUGCUGUAAAACACUCUUUUACUGAAAUUCUGUGCGUUUUGGUGCCAUUAAAAAGAAAGAUUUCUUUAGUA